GGCGGCUCGGAAAAAGACUACAGCCUAGCAGGUAAACCGAAAACGAGGGGUACGUUUUAUUUAGGGCGCUUGAAUCGGGCACGGGUGUACCGGCUGAUGCGAAGAUGAAUGGCAAGAAGCAUGUGAACCAGAAGCGGGAAACUGAACUUCACAGGUCGAAGUGGACUCUGGAAAAGGUGUAUCACUGGGUGUUCAUUUCCGCAGCCGUAGGGUAUGCCAUGUGGCGAUACGCGACCAGCGAAGAGAGCGCCUUUCUUGUGCAGCAGAUGCCAAGUGCCUUCAGAAACAGUCCAUAUGGUCUUAAGCAAAAGCAGGUUGUGAAGAAUUGGGGAUGGGAAACGACAAAAUACAUCAUUACCCGAACUUGGAAGUGGUACCUCUUGCAUCCCGUGCUGGGCCGGACAAUCGCCCAUGUCGCACCGUCGCUGGUUCCAGUCUUCUACGCUGUCUACUCGUCCCUGUUCAUCACCUCCACCUUCGGCUGGGAGGUGACACUGCUGUUCCUGGGGCAACACGCCGCGUUCUAUGCCGCGGCCGCAAUGCGCAUCCCAGCUCUGUGCUACGUGGUCGCGGCCGUGAUCCACUGCCAGAAGUUCUUUCUCCCUUUCGAGCCAUUCCACUACAUGUAUCCCAGGUACGGCCUGAUGCCCUACAGGGCAGCCUACGUCGUCUUCCACUGGAACCUCAUGCGCGGACUCAGCUUCAGCGUGGACUUCGUCCGAGCCGAGCGCCAGAAGCCCAGCGGGGACAGCCGGAGCAGGUGGCCGCCGUACUGGCAGUCGCUGGCCUACUUCAUCUACCUGCCCACAGUCUACCUGGGACCGCCGCAGAACUACGACCACUUCAUCGCUCAGCUGAACAAGACAAGACCGAGUUGCACACCACGGGUGAUCGCUGGAGCCAUCGCGACGUUGCUUCGUUCCGGCGGCCAUUUCUUUUUGAUGGAACUCAUGGGCCAUUUCUUCUACAGUUCCGCGAUGUCUGAGUGGCCCUGGAUGGGCGAGAAGAUGGACCUCCCCAGCGUGGUGGGCUACGCACUGUCCUUGUUGUUCGUCUUCUACGCGCGUUACCAGUUUACCUACAGCUUCUCCGGCGCCGUCUCCAACGCGGAAGGCGUCGAGAUCCCGCCACGCUCUCCGUGCAUAGCCAUUAUGCACCGGUGCUCGCACUUUUGGAGGAACUUCGACCGUGGCAUGCACCUGUGGAUCCGAAGCUACAUCUACGAACCGGUCGUGCGGGGCGACCGCAGACCGUUUCAGUUGGUGCUGGGCGCGGCGGUGGCCUUCGCCUUCACCUGGCUCUGGCACGACAUGAACAUGCACGACAGCAUCUGGUGCGCGCUCAGCGUUCUCGGCAUCGCCCUCGAGGUGAUCACCGCAGAAGCGAGGAAGUGGACGCCCGUCAAGGACUUCGAGGGCCGCUACCUGGCGUCACCCGAGCGGAUGCGGCGGGCCCAGGCCCUGCUGGGAUCUCCGCACUUUCUGCUCACCAUUAUCGCCUCCCUCUUCCACUUGGGAGACCUGGAAGUAAUCCUCGUCAUCUUCAGAAGGGUCGUCACCGGAUUUCCUUUCCCUUUAGUCCCUAUCUUGGUGGGCCUCUACAGCGCCUGCAAUGUUGCCUUGGACGUGGCAGAGUGGGAAGCCAUAGCCAAGAAGAAACAACUUUCCUCGUGAACUACUUAACCGCGCGGCGCUACAAAACUGUCUUGAACUGCAGCGAUCGUCCUUGAAUAAAACAGUGCGAAAGACAAGUCAAGCGAGCGGCAAACACACCACUCCCAUGCCCCACCCUUCGCGCUCUUUUCCUCAAGGGCGUUACGUUACCAGGUGGUGGUAACAACUUUAUCAAAAUUCUGCUCACGUAAGGUCAGGCAGGCCCGAGUCCUAUAGGUUGCCCCUCACGAGGAGCGAUCUGUACGUUAACAAGUUCGCAUACAAACCUUGAUAAUGAUUAUGAUGAUGACCUUGAUGUGUUUGGCGCAUACCCAUUCCCGGGGGUUAGCCAAGAGUCGGGCAGACUUUACAUAAGUGUUGAGGUAAUAAAUUUAUAAAUCUAUAAUUUUGAUGCAUAAAUUAAAGCGAGGAAAGUUCAAAGCGAUUCAGUAGACAGUCAUCAAAUAAAAAAGUAUAUGUAACAUAAAUGAGGCAAUAAAGGA